AUGGAUUUUAACAUAUCAUAUACCAACCACCAGAGUUUCAUUCUGACAGGCAUCCCAGGGAUGCCAGAGAAAAACCCAUGGAUGGCGUUCCCUCUGGGGCUUCUCUACACACUAACUCUCCUGGGAAAUGGCACUAUCCUGGCUGUUGUCAAGGUGGAUCAGAGUCUCCAUGAACCCAUGUACUACUUCCUCUCCAUCCUGGCACUGACUGAUCUGAGUCUCUCCAUGUCUACACUGCCCACUAUGCUCAGCAUCUUCUGGUUUAAUACUCCUGAGAUUGCCUUCGAUGCAUGCAUCACACAGAUGUUCUUCAUCCAUGGAUUAGGAGGGGUAGAGUCAGGAGUACUCGUGUCCAUGGCCUUCGACAGAUUCGUAGCCAUCCGAGACCCACUGCGCUAUGCUUCCAUCCUCACCCAUGGAGUCAUUGGCAAGAUUGGAAUAGCUGUCAUCACCAGAUCGGUUUGUCUUGUUUUCCCUCUGCCCUUCCUUAUAAAGCGGCUACCAUUCUGUCGCUCCAAUGUCCUGUCUCAUUCUUACUGUCUCCACCAAGAUGCCAUGAGACUAGCCUGUGCCAGCACACAAGUCAAUAGCCUUUAUGGCCUCUGUAUUGUAGUCUUCACUUUGGGGCUGGAUGCCCUCAUCAUACUGUUUUCCUACACGCCCAUCCUCAAGACCGUGCUGGGCACUGCUUCCAGAGCUGAAAGGCUCAAAGCCCUCAACACCUGCCUCUCUCACAUCUGUGCUGUGCUUCUCUUCUAUGUUCCUCUCAUUGGUGUCACCAUGGUUCACAGAUUUGGGAAGCAUUUGUCACCUGCAGUGCGCACACUGAUGGCCAAUAUCUAUCUGCUACUACCCCCAGUACUUAAUCCCAUUAUUUACAGUAUGAAGACUAAGCAGAUACAGAGACGGAUCAUCCAAGUGUUCCAGCGGAGAAAGAAUAGAGUCUAG